ACUUUAAAUUCAAAAAUCUUUCCCCAAUUCCCAGCGGCGCCUCUCCAUUAGCGGAACCAUCGAGAAACCGCCUGCCGGCCUCUUAUCUGUCGUCCAUCUCAGGCUCUGGACUCGCUUUUUCUUUGCGUUUGCUUUUGAUCGUUAAGAGUGGGAGGCUUGUGGUCCAAAUUUCUGACGUGACGAGCAAAGUUGCUUUGAGAUUUGGAGUAGUUUUCCACUGGAAAAGGAGAAGGAACAUUUUUUUUUUUCGCGGGGUUAUCUUUUUACUCUUUUAGAAAUCCGGUAUUCUUGCGGUAUAUGUUGGUAUGAAUUUCUGAUAAGCUUGCGCACGCGCUAGUUUUGGUUGAAAGAAGGAUUAUUUGUUUUUGGUUCAGGAAUUUGUCGCUUGAUGUAUUUUGGUUUAUGAGUUUUAUCUUCUAAGGUAUGGAGGUAAAUGGGAAGGAUGACCUGAACUCGCCACUUCUGCAGCAUCAAAAUGAUGUUGUUAUAACUGUUUUGCCCCCAGAUCAGAUUGUGAACAAAAAAACUCGCACUCUUGUCUUCAAAGUACUGGGCAUAACAUGCUCAGCUUGUGUAGCUUCGAUAGAAGGUGCACUUGGAAGGCUUGAUGGUGUGCAGAGUGUUGCGGUGUCGGUACUUCAAGGUCAGGCUGUUGUGAAGUAUAUACCAGAAAUUAUCAGUGCUAAAGUGAUAAGAGAAGCAGUGGAAGAUACAGGUUUUGAAGUUGCAGAAUUUCCAGAGCAAGACAAUGCAAUGUGCAGGUUAAGAGUUAAAGGAAUGGCUUGCACAAGCUGUUCAGAGUCAGUAGAACGAGCUCUGAAGAUGGUUAAUGGAGUAAAAAAGGCAGCAGUUGGUUUAGCUCUCGGAGAAGCUAAAGUCCAUUUUGAUCCAAAUGUCACAAAUAUUGACAGUAUUAUUAAAGCAGUUGAAGAGGAUGCCGGUUUUGGUGCUGAUCUCAUCUCCUCUGGCAGUGAUUUGAGUAAAGUAUAUUUGAAACUAGGAGGAAUUACUUCUCCUGAAGAUUUUACUAUUAUUCAAGGUUCACUCCAGUCUUUGGAAGGUGUAAAUCUGGUCAACAUAGAUGUGGAAGGUCAUAUAGUAGCUGUAAGUUAUGAGCCAGACAUAAUUGGUCCAAGAUCUCUAAUACAGUCCAUCCAGGAAGCUGGAUCGAAACCCAAUACUUACCAAGCUACAUUGUACACUCCACCAAGAGGGGGCGACACUGAAAGGCAACAUGAAAUCCUUAUGUAUCGGAAUCAGUUCUUGUGGAGUUGUCUAUUUUCAGUUCCCAUUUUUGUUUUCGCUAUGGUACUGCCAAUGCUUCCGCCUUAUGGAAACUGGCUAGACUACAAGGUUAUCAAUAUGCUCGAUAUUGGGAUUCUUCUAAGAUGGAUCCUUUGCACACCUGUGCAGUUUAUAAUUGGCAAGAGGUUUUAUGCAGGGGCGUAUAAUGCCUUGAAACGAAAAUCUGCAAAUAUGGAUGUUCUGGUGGCCUUGGGAACUAAUGCAGCUUACUUCUAUUCGGUAUAUGUAAUGAUAAAAGCGCUGAUCUCAGAUUCCUUCAAAGGGCAGGAUUUCUUUGAAACUAGUUCCAUGUUGAUAUCAUUUAUUCUUUUGGGAAAAUACCUGGAGGUUUUGGCUAAAGGAAAAACUUCUUAUGCUUUAGCUAAGUUGACUGAAUUAGCACCUGAGACAGCAUGCCUUUUAACUCUUGAUGCUGACGGAAAUGUUAUAUCUGAAACUGAAAUCAACACACAACUCUUAGAGAAGAACGACAUAUUAAAGAUUGUUCCUGGUUCCAAAGUUCCUGUCGACGGCCUUGUAAUUGAUGGCCAAAGUCAUGUGAAUGAGAGCAUGAUUACAGGGGAGGCCCUGCCAGUAGCUAAAAAGCCUGGUGACAAGGUUAUUGGUGGUACAGUGAGUGAAAAUGGUUAUAUCCGAAUCAAGGCCACUCAUGUUGGUUCAGAAACAACACUUUCUCAAAUUGUAGAACUUGUAGAAGCUGCCCAGCUUGCCAAAGCACCCGUCCAAAAAUUGGCCGACAAAAUAUCCAAGUUCUUUGUUCCCACGGUUGUUCUGGCUGCUUUUGUAACAUGGCUGGGAUGGUUUAUCCCUGGGGAAGCUGGCUUAUAUCCUAGAGCCUGGAUACCUACUUCUAUGGAUGCAUUCGAGUUUGCUUUGCAGUUUGGCAUUUCAGUGUUGGUUGUAGCCUGUCCAUGUGCCCUGGGAUUAGCUACCCCGACUGCCGUGAUGGUCGCCACCGGGAAGGGUGCUUCCUUAGGUGUGCUAAUUAAAGGAGGAACUGCACUCGAAAGUGCCCAUAAGGUCAAGACUGUCGUUUUUGAUAAAACUGGGACACUGACUGUUGGGAAACCUGCUGUAGUUAGUUCUGUCGUCUUCUCUGAAGGCUCCAUGGAAGAUCUUUGUGACAUUACUAUUGCUGCUGAGUCAAAUAGCGAGCACCCUAUCGCAAAAGCUGUCGUCGAGCAUGCUAAAAUUACACGACAGAAGUAUGGAUCGAGGAGCGAACAGUUUACAGAGGCGAAGAACUUCGAGGUGCAUCCCGGGGCAGGGGUGAGUGUUAAAAUCGGAGAAAGAACAGUCCUGGUUGGAAACAAGAGGCUUAUGCAUCAUUUCGACGUCCCACUCGGUAGCGAGGUAGAUCGAUACGUCUCCGAAAACGAGCAUCUUGCUCGUACUUGCGUCCUCGUCGCCGUAGGCGGAAAGGCUCUCGGCGCAUUCGCCGUCACCGAUCCAGUGAAGCCCGAAGCAACUCUCGUUGUAUCUCAUCUUCGCUCGAUGGGCAUCUCGAGCGUCAUGGUGACCGGCGACAACUGGGCGACAGCUACAGCGAUAGCUAAACAGGUCGGCAUCCAAAAGGUGUACGCCGAGACGGAUCCGCUCGGAAAAGCCGACAAGAUCAAAGAGCUGCAGUUGCAAGGGACAAGCGUUGCAAUGGUGGGAGACGGCAUCAACGACUCCCCCGCGUUGGCUGCCGCCGACGUCGGCAUGGCGAUCGGGGCGGGCACUGACGUCGCCAUCGAAGCCGCCGACAUCGUCCUGAUGAAGAACAGCUUGGAGGAUGUCGUCACCGCGAUAGUUCUGUCGCGGAAGACGAUGUCCCGGAUUCGGAUCAAUUAUGUCUGGGCGCUCGGGUACAACGUGCUCGGGAUGCCUAUCGCCGCUGGCGUCUUGUUCCCAUUCACCGGAAUUCGACUCCCGCCGUGGCUCGCCGGCGCGUGCAUGGCCGCCUCGUCGAUCAGCGUCGUGUGCUCGUCCCUUCUCUUGCAGUAUUACAAGAAGCCCAUUCGUUCCGCUCCUUAAAAUUUUUCACAUUUUUUUUU